AUGACUUCUAUUUUUAAUUUUUUCAAGAGUGGAGGAGCCUAUUCAAAGAGUAGUACUGGAGCAGUGACGAAUAGUAGUAGUGAAUCUUCAUCUUCUUCUGAUACUAGUAAUAAUAAUAGUAAUAGUAAUAAUGGAACUCCUUUGAGUAAUCCUCCGAGUGUUGAUAAUAACAAUGUAAAUAAUGUAUCACCGAAUGUAAACACCACCACCAAUGAGCAAAAAUCCAUGACAAGUCAGAUUGUUGAGGGAAAGAGCAUGAUUUUGUCAAUUCAACCUGGAGAGAGACCACUUUUUGAUUCUGUCGAUUUGGCAGAAUUGAUCAAGUUGAAGGAACAUUUACAAUACAAACCAAGUGUUUUGAAUUUGAUUGCUGUUUAUCAGGCAGAGAUUCAAAAACACGUCGAGUAUGGUGUUAAAAAAUCAAACAAGAAGGUGCAAAACUAUCAGAUUGAGCCAGCUCCAACAAACACAAAAUAUGUCUAUCUCACAUCAUCUGGUUUGCCGGGAGUAUUCUGUACAAAUAAUGAUAUGAUUGAUUAUAGUCACUAUCAAGCUAUUUCGAAAGGAAGAUGUGUUUCUCAUUCUUUCGAUUCACAAGAGUUAUCGAAAAUUGAGGAAGUAUUGAAAAAGCAAACCUCAAUUUCAGAAAAUUCAACAAUUGUAAAUAAGCGAAAUGAAUUGGAAAAUUUAGAAAAGCAAUACACUCGAUUGAUGAAAGAAAAGGAUAAAUUAUUGAUCGAUAGAGCAGCUGUUCUUUCACUUGAGGAAUUGGCCAUAAUUGAAGCAGAGGAAGGUAGCAUCAGAAGAACCAAUGGAGAAGAUAAUGAUGAAUGGGAAAUUGAAAGAAAGAAGAGAAUUAUAGAAAAUGAAAGAAAAUUGAUUGAAAAAAGAUUGGUCGAAGCUAAAAAGCACAAAAAUGUUCGCUUCUACUGCAAGGGAGAAUUAGACUAUCUCACCAAAUGGAAUGACCACUUUGUCAAGACGAACAGUGAGACCACACCAAAAGGCGUAGACCAAUUGCUGAGAUACAAUUUCAGUCCAACCAAUGUCUUUGAUUUAGGUGCAGAAGAGAUUCACUUUAGAUUUUGUGAAUCCCAACUUCAUAGACUUGCCUCCUCUCCAAUGUAUGGCUCUUCUUAUCCAACUGCCAGGGUCGUAAAGGUUGACUACAUUGUCAAUCCGGUUAUUAUGAAGAGAUUUAAUGCAUGUAAGCAGGAAUUGGCUGAAAAGCAUGGCUUUAUGCUUGAAAGUAUGAAGCCAUUGCUCUUAUUCCAUGGUACAUCAGAUGCCAAUAUGGAGAAUAUCUUAAAGACCAAUUUUUUAUUGAACAAAAUUGGAAGUACAACAGAUAUGGGAUAUUAUGGAAAAGGAUUUUACUUUAGUGAAUAUCCUGGAUUAUCAAUGGCCUAUGCCAGAAAUCAAUAUUUAUUAAUUUGUAUGGUUUUGAUUGGUAAGGCUUUCCACAUGAAUCAAGUAGAAACUGGUAGAGCUAUCGAACCUGGCUAUGAUUCACACGUGGCUCCAGAUGGUUGUAGUGAAGUUAUUAUUUUCAAUCCAGACCAAAUCAUUCCUCUUUACAAGAUUGAAUGGGCACAAAAUUAG